AUGGCGAUUGAGAAAGUUGCAGUUAUCGGAGGCUCCGGCCUUCUCGGCUCAAAGGUCGUCGACAGUCUCAUCAACGCCGGCUUCCAAGUAACAGCCAUCUCCAGGAACGAAUCUACAGCGACAUUCCCUGAGAUUGUAACCGUCAAGCGCGUGGAUAUUACGUCCGUCGACUCAAUCAAGGACGCAGUCACUGGCCAAGACGCUGUCGUCUCAACGGUAACCACCAUGGCAGCCGGAGGUCAAAAGACUGUCAUCGACGCGGUCAUCGCUGCCAGAGUCUCUCGCUUCAUCCCCUCUGAGUUUGGAAUUCCUUCUCGCCAGAAUAGAGAUACCAAGAUUGGAAAGCUUCUUGGUGCAAAGAUCGAGAAUACUGAUUAUUUGAUUGAACUUGCUGAGAAGUAUGAUUGGUUCUCAUGGACGGGCCUCUCACCUGGGCUGUUCCUCGAUGCUGGCCUAAAGAACCCCCUCAGUUUCAUCGAUAUCAAAAACCGCAGAUUCCGCCUCAUAGACUCCGGCAACGAACCCUACUCAACAAGCUCGCUCCCCUACAUCGGCAAAGCCGUAGCCGCUAUCCUCCAGAAACCUGAAAAGACAGCAAACAAGUAUCUCAAUAUUGCCGGCGUAACCACAACCCAGAACGAGGUUCUAAAAAUCGUGGAGAAAUUGACCGGAGACAAGUUCGAGGUGACGCACAUUAGCAGCCCAGAGUCAGAAAAGAUUGGAGACGAGAAGCUUGCCAAGGGAGACUAUAGCGCUUUUGGUAAUUAUCUUGAGCAGUUUUUGUUUGCUGAUGGGGCGGGGAAUGGGCUUAAGGGUGAUGAGAAUGCUAUUGGUUUGCUUGGACUUGAGGAGGAGAAUUUGGAGGAGGUUGUUAAGGGUGUCUUAGCUGGAUUUUAA